AUGCGACGACAGGCUGCGCUGGAGGAACUGAAGAAGAAGAUCGCCGCGCAGACCAGAAAGGCUGGCAUCGACGAGGAAUUAGAUCUGGAGAAGAACCUUGUGGUUGAAGCACCUCCGGACAUCGAAUGGUUUGAUGAAGGGCUCGUCGAUGGCGGUAACUAUGACAACAUCGACGAUGAAAUUCACCUCAAGAUCACAUCGGAGGACACAAUCGUCACCGAGUAUAUUCAGCAUCCCGUUGCAUUAGAGCCACCGCAAGAGCGAAACAAACCUGCACCGAAACCCAUGUUUCUUACGUCGAAGGAGAAAGCCAAAGUACGGAGGCAGGGGAGGAUGGCCGAACUGAAAGAGCAACAAGCAAAGAUCCGGCUUGGCCUUGUGCCAGCACCGCCGCCCAAGGUUAAGAAGAGCAACAUGAUGCGAGUCUAUGCAGACUCGGCAGUCAAGGACCCCACGGCGGUUGAGAAUCUAGUUAAUCGCCAGAUUGCGGAACGGCAACAGAAGCACCUAGAGGCCAAUGAGGAACGGAAGCUCACCAAGGAGGAAAAACACGACAAGCUUGCCGCCAACCAGGAGAAGGAUGCUGCCAAAGGCAUCCACGUUCUGGUGUUCAAGAUCAACAGCCUUGCGAAUGGACAGCACAGAUUCAAGAUUGGGAAGAACGCUGAGCAACACUCUCUCACUGGCGUCUGCAUCAUGCACCCAAAGAUGAAUCUGGUUAUUGUAGAGGGGGGGGAGCAUAGUAUCGGAAAGUACAAGAAACUGAUGCUUAAUCGAAUCGACUGGACAGAGAACUCGCCAUCGCGCGAGGGCGCCACACGGCAACAGGCGCGAGACUGGUUACUUCCGGAGAAUGAGAAUGGGGACUUGAGAGACAUGUCGCAAAACGAAUGCAAGCUUGUCUUUGAAGGAGAAGAAAAGACACGGGCGUUUCGCAAAUGGGGAAGUAAGGUGUGCGAAUCUGAUGCCGAGGCCAAAGAAAUUUUAACCAGAUCGAAGAUGGACAACUUUUGGGCCCUGGCGAGGACCAUGUAG